AUGUACUCUUGUAUAUGUGCCCUGACCACUGAACAGUAUGUCGACUCCUCUUCCGGGGAGAGUCUGGCCAUCUACAAUCCCAACGAUGACACUCUGGUGUCGGACAAAGUCCAAGUAGCAGCCGAAGCAGAUGUCGACCAGGCGGUGGCGGCCGCGAAAGCCGCCUUCCCAGCCUGGUCGGCCACUCCAGGUCUGCAGCGUGCCGCCGUCAUGCUCAGGUUCGCCGACCUCCUUGAAACCAAUGCCGCAAAGCUCGGGAAGCUGGAGACAAUAUGCAUGGGCCAACCCAUUACCGUCGCAACCGGGUUCGUCAAGGGCCCUGCCGCCAUUUGGAGGUACUAUGCAGGUUUUGCCGGCAAGAUCGCUGGCGAGAGCUAUCCUCCUGACGGUGAUGGAAGCUACAAGAUCGUGGCCUACGAGCCACUGGGUGUAUGUGCUGGAAUUGCAGCAUGGAACGCCACUCACACGUUGGCCGCGUGGAAGAUGGCGCCCGCUUUGGCCGCCGGCAACACCUUCGUCUUCAAGUCAUCGGAGAAGUCACCCCUCGGAGCUGCGGCCUAUGGUGACCUGAUCAAGGAGGCAGGCUUUCCGCCCGGGGUCAUCAACAUAGUCACUGGCGCCGGACCGGUUGGGGCGAUGCUUGCCUCGCACAUGGAUAUUGCGAAGAUCGCCUUCACUGGGUCAGAGGCUGGGGGCCGAGCUGUCCAAGUUGCAGCGGCGAGAUCCAACUUGAAGCACGUAUCAUUGGAGUUGGGCGGCAAGUCGCCCGCCCUCAUCUUUGAUGAUGCUGAUUUGGAGAAUGCGCUGCUCCAUAGCUCAGACAGUUUCCUGCGGAACUCGGGUCAAAUCUGUUUCGCGUCAUCUAGGGUGUUGGUGCAGGAGGGCAUUGCUCCCGAGUUCAUCGCGGGCAUCAAGACAUUUUUCGAAAAUGCAGCCAAGAAAAUGGGUGAUCCAUCCUUACCGGAGACUGCAUUUGGACCACUGGCCGACAAAAAGCAGUUUGAAAGAGUCAUGAGCUUCUUGGAGGCCGGCAAGGCUGAGGGCAUCCAGAUCCUGGCUGGUGGUGAGCGGCUCGGUGACAAAGGGGCUUUUGUCCAACCGACAGUCCUUCUGAACCCGGACCUCAAGAGUCGCGUCUAUACGGACGAGAUCUUUGGGCCAGUCAUUUCGGUCAAGACUUUCCAGACCGAAGAGGAAGCGAUCCGACUUGCCAAUGAUACCACCUAUGGCCUUGGAUCCUCGAUUUUCACAUCGGAUAUUCCCCGAGCACUACGAGUCGCCUCGAAAAUUGAGGCCGGCGCGGUGGGUAUCAACCAGGCGUUCAAGACCUCUCCGCAGGUCCCUUUUGGAGGCGUCAAGCAGAGCGGCUAUGGCCGGGAAAGCGGAUAUGAGGGACUGAGGGGUUAUCUGCAUGCGAAGACAAUCAGUAUCAACAUGGAGGUGUCCAAGAAGUCGUGA